UUUGCGUUUGUUUACAGCUUAUCAUUUUCUGUAUUCGCAUGCGUAAUUCUGUUUCCUUUGGCCGUGCACUGGUCGUUUGCGGCAUACCCAAAUUAUAAGGUGCCCAUAAUGGUGCAUAACGAAGAUUUAGGUGACUACAAUAAUGAUACGAUCGAACCUAUGAGUAAUAUGUUCAUCAGUCGUCACUUGAAAUGGUUUCUCCCUGUGGAAGUACUCGAAGAUGCUGAAAUGGAAAGCAGUCAGUGCUUACUGUACUUUAAUAAAAACUAUACGGUGGCUCUGCGACGGCGAAUCGAAAGAAAAAUAAAAAACAACGCUGAUUUUGAAAAUAGUCAGAUGGUGAUCACAAUGAACAUGACCGACGGGCAAAAAUCUGCUGUCGUUAAGGAUCAACUAACGGAACUCUAUAAACAAUUUCUAUCGGACUACGCGCACAACAUGAUGACGGAAUACGUUACGAACAUCAAUGAUGAUUCUAUAAAGUUUUCACAGAACAUUACGGUGACGUACGACAACAACCACGAAUAUCCUAUUUACGGACGAUUUGUAAAUUCAGGACUGAUUGUCAUUUUGGCGUUCUUUUUUCACGGAGGAAUCGCCGUUCGGCUUCAGCAGGUCACAGGCGAAAACUGUUAUUACGACGGUAGGACAUCAUAUCUGGCACGUCUUGCCGUCCAGGUACCGAUUGCCAUAGUCUGGAACGCGUUUAUGGUCGUACACGUGCACUUCCUAUACGAUAUUAUCAGCCCACAUCUCUACUACGUGUUCUUGGGUUUGUUGCUCGUGAGCGUCUGCGGAAUACACUUAGGUAAUAAAUUAGAUUAUAACUUACUACUUAGAUACAACAGGAGUUGUACGUUUGUUAAGACGUUCGACUUAGGCAAUUUCGUCGUUAAACUGUGAAAAUGUACGUUUAACAGACCCACAGUAUUCUACAUGACAAUGAUCCGUGAACUAACCUUAAUUAUAACUAACCACAUUAGAUCAAUCUGACAAUCUAUGAUCUGGCUAUCGUAUAAAUGUGAAAUCGCAGCAAAAUUCGUUAAAAAAAUGUACGAAAAUUUGGUAACACAAAUAAAUUAAAUUUGUAGUUUUAUUUUUUAAAUUGACUGAAAAUGUGUGUAGAAUGGACCACUCUGUACUUAAAUGUACAGGCAUUUUCAGUGUCAGUCAAUACAAGUGUUUUAUACUGAUUAUUAAAUGCAUUCUGUUGAUAAUAGUUAUUUUAUUACUCAAUACUUAUCAUCUAUUCACAUCAGUAAUUUCAGUCGUCAGUUUGUAAUAAAUAUUUUAUCCAGUUUAUUUAUAUAUACAUCAAUUAUUUUCCUUGAUCCUUUACUAAUGUAUAGUAUACAGCAUAAGCCAUAAAUUAUAACAUUUUAAACAGAAAUGGUGAAAACUAUUCGUACAUGUAUUGAUGUAUCCGUAUAUUUAUUUUUUGGUAGUGUCCAUUGAAAUAUAAAAAAUAAAAUAAUAUUCUUAUGUUCAAUUUUUUAGGAUAUAUCUUAUGUUCAGUUGUAAAAAAUCAUUUCGGUGUUACAGUAAUACUGUACUUAAAAUUCACAGUAUGCAUCUACGUUUCAGGUUAAAUUACUACAUUAUUAUUAUCAAUAACUAUAAUAAUUUUAUAAAUCUUAUUUUUUUUUUUCUAAAAGGACUUUGGUGGCCCACAUGUGAAUUAUUUGGUUGGAAAUAUGUGGUAAAUCACUAUUUCCCGAUUUCAGAAGGCAUUUGUUUUAUCAGAAAUUUGAUCGAAA